AUGUCGAUAAACGACAGAACCCCUACUAUUGUAAAUAGUCUAGGUUUCCACCAUUUUGUAGCAGCCACUGCCUCGGGGAAAAAAGGUGGCCUUUUGUUAUUAUGGCGACCGGGUGUUGAUAUUGAACCGGUCAAUGUUAAUAGUAAUGCUAUUUCAGCUUUGGUUUACUCUGACCCUCCUAAUCAUCCUUGGUUAGUUUCUUUUGUUUAUGCACCGGCUCAAUGGAAACAAAAAGCUAGUUUCUGGAAUCAUUUGAACUCUAUUCACAAUUCUUUCACUGGUCCUUGGCUUUGCAUUGGUGAUUUUAAUGAUUUACAAAACCAGCCCGACAAGAGUGGUGGUAGACCAGUAACAUCUUCUUCUAUUGGGGGUUUACAAAAUCUGAUGGACUCGUGUGGUCUUAUUGACAUUGGCUUCUCGGGACCCUCAUUCACAUGGUCAAAUAACAGAACAGGGAGAGCGUUAAUCAGAGAAAGAAUCGAUCGAGGUAUAGCAAACGCUCAAUGGCGAUUACUAUUUCCAGAAGCUACUAUUCAACACAUAUCUUCUGCAGCCUCAGACCACAAUCCCCUCUUGCUGAAUACGACAAAGAUAAUGAAAAAACCCUCCUCUUUCAAAUUUGAAGAAUUCUGGAUCAGAGAGCCACUUAGCAAUAUUAUCAUCGAAGAAGCCUGGAAGAAGCAAUUCUAUGGAAAUCCAUCUUUUAUUCUAUGCAGGAAAAUCAAGGAAACAAAGAUGGCGCUCAAAUUCUAG